AUGCCUUCAAGUGAUGCCGAAAAUCGUAUUACUAAUGGACGAGAUGAGCAUUCUUCAGUAGCUGGAACGAUUUCGUCUAUUGAUGACGGAAACGACAGUGAUGACGAAUAUUUUGAGUUGUUUCAAAUUGUGAGUUUGGGAUCAACUGGGCCCGGAAUGAAAAUUAUCCUGUCAUAUACCUAAACAGGUCGACGAAACUGUUCCAAUAGGUUAACGGUUUUUGGUCUUUCUCUGUUUCGCACCCAUUUAAGUAGUUUGGUCUUUAUUGGGUCGACGUGAUAUUUAGAAAAAAAUUACAUUAAAAAUAUAUGAAUAUCAGUGAAGGUGAUUCUUUAAUUAAGUGACGAUUGUCCAACGAUCUAGAAAAUGUAUAAUAUUUUCUCACUACAGAAACAUACAUUCCCAAUUUCAGCUUGCCGCCGCCCCAAUCAACAGAAGUUCUCUUCACACAUCACAACAACUUGGCCAGGCGACUACACAACUCAAUUCUUCGCCGUUAGCGAGCCAGGUUAGUUUUUUUUGCUUUUGAAACCUUUUCAAAACGUUUUAAUAUUUUUUCGUCUCUCACAAAAUGUUCUUAUGAAUAGAAACAUUUUAAAACAUUUCAAAACAUAAUUUAAAUAAGGAUCAACAUUUUUUAAAACAUUUUUUUAGAGAAACCCACCAUCUCAAUAUGCCAGAGAAAUCGCAAGCAUUGGUCUGUCAAACCAUUCUACAAAUGCUUCUGGCAGAACACAGGCUUCUUACCAUCGAUGUCGCGCCCUCAAGGAACACAACAAAAUGCGUCAUUUCAAUCCGAAAAAAAAGAACUUGUUGUCUCAACUUCAAGAUUCAAACGUCGUUUCGCAAACUCAAAAACGCCGACGCAUUUCAUUGAUUGA